AUGACUUGGCACUCUUCGGGCUCCGGCUCUGUCUACAUCCGGGGUUUGCAGUCCUUUAUGGACCAGGCGUCUCGGCUAGGUCUGGAUGUUUCCUUGCAGAGGGUCGACCGGAAUGUCAGCAGAGUCUUCACUGACCUUUUCAGCACCAUGCGCACUGAGGAGCUAAACCGCUACAGGGAUACCCUUCGGCGGGCCGUGUUACUCAUGAGUCCUCGGGGUGCGCAGGUCUUCAUCCACCAGGCUGUGGAAACCAACUUGGCAUCCAAGGACAGUCAUUGGGUCUAUGCCAAUGAGGAGGUGAGUGAUGCAGACAUCAUGGAACUGGUUCACAGCUCUUUGGGGCGGAUGACCAUCAUUCGUCAGAUCUUCCCACUGUGGCGAGAUACCAACGUUCGCUGUAUGAGAAACAAUCAUCGCAUCUCCUCCUUGCUGUGUGACCCACAGGAAGGCUAUCUGCAGUCUCUGGAGGUGUCCAAUCUGUACUUAUAUGACAGUGUUUUGAUGCUGGCCAACGCAUUCUACAGAAAACUGGAGGACAGGAAGUGGCACAGCAUGGCCAGCCUCAACUGCAUGAGGAAAUCCACCAAACCAUGGAAUGGAGGAUGGUCCAUGUUGGACACCAUCCAAAAGGGACGGAUCAGCGGCCUGACAGGGAUGAUGGACUUCCGUGCUGAAGGCUCUAACUCUCACGUGCAGUUUGAGAUUCUUGGAACCAGCUACAGUGAGACAUUUGGGAAAGAUGUGAAACGGCUGGCUUCUUGGGAUUCCACACGUGGUUUGAAUGGAAGCCUAAAGGAAAAUCGGAUAGAGAGCGGCAUGCACGGAGUGACGCUCAAGAUUGUAACAGUUCUGGAGGAGCCUUUCGUCAUGGUGGCAGAAAACAUUCUGGGUCAACCCAAGAGAUACAAGGGGUUUUCAAUCGAUGUGCUGGAUGCCUUAGCAAAGAUCCUCGGCUUCAAGUAUGACAUCUAUCAAGUUGGAGAUGGCAAAUAUGGCUCAGCACUCCCCAAUGGGUCCUGGAAUGGCAUGAUUGGGGAACUCAUCGGCAAGCACGCUGACCUGGCUAUUUCAGCCAUCACCAUCACCCCGGAGCGUGAAAGUGUCGUGGAUUUCAGCAAACGCUACCUGGACUAUUCUGUCGGCAUUCUCAUGCGCAAGUCAGAGGAAAAGAUCAACAUAUUCUCUUUGCUGGCACCAUUUGAUUUGGCAGUGUGGGCGUGCAUUGCUGCAGCCAUUCCUGUGGUGGGCAUCAUGAUCUUCCUGCUCAGGCGUAUCCAGGCGGUGCGCUGCCAUAACGGUGCAGGAAGCCAUCCUCCGCCUUCUGUCUCCACUUCGCUUCAAAGCGCCAUCUGGAUUGUCUAUGGUGCUUUUGUACAGCAAGGCAGUGACUCCAUUCUGGGAUCAGUGGCGUUACGAAUUGUCAUGGGCAGCUGGUGGCUCUUCACCCUCAUUGUGUGUUCGUCCUACACAGCAAACCUGGCUGCCUACCUCACCGUGUCCCGCAUGGAUAAUGCUGUGAGGUCGUUUCAGGACCUGUCCAAGCAGGUGGACCUGGUCUAUGGGACAGUGCGGGAAUCAGCCGUGUACGAGUAUUUCCGGGCCAAAGGCACCAACCCACUGGAGCAGGACAACACGUUUGCUGAGCUCUGGAAGACCAUCAACAAGAACCACGGCUUUGAUAAUUCUGUCUCCAGCCCAUCAGAGGGCAUCAAAAAGGCAAAGAGGGGGUCAUUUGCAUUUCUGUGGGACAUGGCGGUGGUGGAGUACGCUGCUCUGACAGAUGACGACUGCACCCUGACCGUGUCAGGAAACGGCAUGAGCACCAGAGGCUACGGCAUAGCCCUGCAGCACGGCAGUCCGUACAGAGACCUCUUCUCUCAGAAGAUAUUGGAGCUUCAGGAAAAAGGAGACCUGGACAUCCUGAAGCAGAAAUGGUGGCCAAAGAAAGGCCGUUGUGACCUCCAGAGCCAUGCAGAUGCUCAGCCGGAGGGAAGGUCGCUGCGUCUCCACAGCUUUGCUGGUGUCUUCUGUAUCCUUGCUGCAGGGCUUGUCCUCGCCCUCCUCGUAGCUGCGCUGGAGACCUGGUGGAACAGCAACCACUGCCGCAGUGAGCAGCCCAAAGAGGACAAAGAGGUGAACCUGGAACCGGUCCACCACCUCAACAGCCUUCUGGACGAGGACUUGUCCCACAAGCAGCUACCCCGUCAGUCUAUCGAGAUCUCUGCACGUGGACAUUCGCAGCAUGCAGCCAGCCAGUCCCUGGAAGCUUUGUCUGCACGGACUACCCAACCCAUCGCGGGCCCGCCUCCACUCUCUGUGACUACCUUCCUCCAGGAGGGUCAUGGGGCAGGAAGGACACUGGGCGCUGCCGCUGGCAGGACCUUGCCCCUGCCCCUCAGCAGUGCCACCAUGCCAUCUAUCCGCUGCAAACACAGGGCGCCCAACGGAGGACUGUUCCGCCAGAGCCCAGUCAAGACACCCAUGCCAAUGUCCUACCAGCCGGUACCAGGAGGACCCAUUCCAGAAGCCAGUGAGCCAAGCCACGGGACAUCCAUCUGAGUACGUGCGACUUUUGCGGACACUCGGGCUCAGACAUGUUGGAGAGUUCUGACGAGUGCAAACAGUGUGAAGGCUGCUAAAUAAAAGAGGAAAAAAAAAAACAAGAUUUUUAUUAUCAGUGGUAAAAAAGUCAGUGUGAUGACGUGAUGAGACACAGACUUAAUGUACAUAUUUGUAAGUACAAAGAGAGAGAAGCAACUUCAGAAGUGUAUUUUGAAUAUUCUCAGUUGAGUUAAAAAGAACACAUGACUGUUUGAAUGACUUUGUAAAUUCUGUUCUAAAUGAAUAAAGGUGACACUUCUUUGUGGUGGUUGUUUUCUAAGUGCCAAGUUUAAAUAUGUUAUUUUUUUUCCUUUUAUUUUUAUUUUUCUUUCCCUUAAUUUUCAGAUCAACAUUAACUGAAUGUACUGUGAGAAUUCAUAAUCAAGACAUUUCACACUUCAAAGACACUGGAGGUUAAUUUGUUUCAUAUGAAAAAUAAAACUAUAUUAGAAAAACA